AUGGACCCGGAUUUACUUCGAAUGCCUGCGUUUCCGGCGCAAUUUAUGGGAGUUGAUAGCGACGAUCUGCUGCCCUUCAGCCUGCACUUCUUUGACGAGCAUUGGUCGCGCAAUCGUAUGGUCGUCGGUUUGGACUGGUCUACCACCUACCCCGAACUUGUGCUGGCCGCCUACAGCCCCAACGAGGAGGUGGUGCAUGAACCCGCGGGCUGCUGUAUGAUCUGGAACCUCAAAUUUCCCCGAAAGACAAGCCCAGAGUACAUCUUCACCUGCUCGGAGCCCAUCACUGCCGCGUCGCUGGCCAAGUUUCAUCCCAAUCUCAUCAUUGGGGGCACUUAUUCCGGUCAGAUCGUGCUCUGGGACACUCGAUUCAGGAUAAGGUGCCUGGUGAAGGUCACUGAUCGUUUGCAGAAAAUCGCUGAUGAGCUUCACUUAUGA